AUGAAAGUCACGGUGUGCUUCGGGCGGACCCGGGUGGUCGUGCCCUGCGGGGACGGCAACAUGAAAGUUUUCAGCCUCAUCCAGCAAGCGGUGACCAGGUACAAGAAGGCGAUCGCCAAGGAUCCAAACUAUUGGAUACAAGUACAUCGCCUGGAGCAUGGGGAUGGAGGAAUCCUAGACCUUGAUGACACUCUUUGUGACGUAGCUGACGACAAAGACAGACUCGUAGCCAUAUUUGAUGAACAAGAUCCACAUCAUGGAGGUGACGGCACCAGUGCUAGCUCGACGGGCACUCAAAGUCCAGAGAUUUUUGGCAGUGAACUUGGCUCCAACUCUGUGUCAGCCUUUCAGCCUUAUCAAGCAACAAGUGAAAUUGAGGUCACACCUUCAGUUCUUCGUGCAAAUAUGCCUCUUCAUGUACGGCGUAGCAGUGACCCCGCAUUGAUUGGCCUCUCAACUUCUGUAAGCGAUACUAAUUUUUCUUCAGAAGAACCUUCCCGAAAAAACCCCACAAGAUGGUCCACAACAGCAGGCUUCCUCAAACAGAACACCCCUGGGAUGCCCAGUAGUCAUGACAGAAAGAAAGAUGAAAACUACAGAAGCUUACCACGGGAUACUAGUAACUGGUCUAACCAGUUUCAGAGAGACAAUGCUCGCUCAUCGUUAAGUGCCAGUCAUCCCAUGGUGGACAAGUGGCUGGAGAGGCAAGAACAGGAUGAAGAUGGGACAGAAGAGGACAACAGCAGAGUUGAACCAGUUGGACAUGCAGACAGUGGUUUGGAGAGCACCACCAAUUUUUCCUUAGAUGAUAUGGUAAAGCUCGUAGAAGUCUCCAAUGACGGCGGGCCUUUGGGAAUCCAUGUAGUGCCUUUCAGUGCCCGAGGCGGAAGAACCCUGGGGUUAUUAGUAAAACGACUGGAGAAAGGUGGAAAAGCUGAACAAGAAAACCUUUUUCAUGAGAAUGAUUGUAUUGUCAGGAUUAACGAUGGAGACCUUCGCAAUAGGAGAUUUGAACAAGCACAGCAUAUGUUUCGUCAAGCCAUGCGUACGCCCAUCAUUUGGUUCCAUGUGGUUCCUGCAGCAAAUAAAGAGCAGUAUGAACAGUUAUCCCAAAGUGAGAAGAACACGUACUACUCCAACCGGUUUAGCCCUGAUUCCCAAUAUAUCGACAACAAGAGUAUUAACAAUGCUGGACUUCAAACAUUACAAAGAAUAUCUAGAAUGAGUAACCAGACAGAUCAAACAGACUCUUACUCACAGCUACCUCAUAGUGUGAAUUCUUCAGGGAAACCACCAUCGGGCCUGGCUCCAUCACCUCAAAAAGUUCUUACCUCCGCUACAAACAGUGGUUAUAACACCAAAAAGAUAGGGAAGAGACUUAAUAUACAACUGAGAAAAGGUACAGAAGGCUUGGGAUUUAGCAUCACUUCAAGAGAUGUACCAAUUGGUGGCUCAGCUCCAAUUUAUGUGAAAAACAUCCUUCCAAGAGGUGCAGCUAUUCAAGAUGGGAGACUAAAGGCUGGAGACCGACUUAUUGAGGUAAAUGGAGUUGAUUUAACCGGCAAAACCCAAGAGGAAGCUGUCUCCCUGCUGAGAAGCACUAAGAUGGGAGGGACUGUGAGCCUUUUGAUUUUCCGUCAGGAAGAAACAUUCCAUCCAAGGGAACUGAGUGCAGAACAAAGCCAGUCACAAAUUCCAAAGGAAACGAAAUCAGAGGAAGAAGAUCUUGUUCUUACACCCGAUGGCACCAGGGAAUUCCUGACAUUUGAAGUUCCACUUAAUGAUUCUGGAUCAGCUGGUCUUGGUGUCAGUGUCAAAGGUAACCGGUCAAAAGAAAACCAUGCGGAUUUGGGAAUCUUUGUCAAGUCCAUUAUUAACGGAGGAGCAGCGUCCAAGGAUGGCAGGCUUCGAGUGAAUGAUCAGCUAAUAGCAGUAAAUGGAGAAUCAUUAUUAGGCAAGACAAACCAAGAUGCUAUGGAAACCCUAAGAAGGUCCAUGUCUACAGAAGGAAACAAACGAGGAAUGAUUCAGCUUAUAGUAGCUAGACGAAUAAGUAAAUGCAAUGAGUUGGAGUCACCUGGAAGCCCUCCUGGGCCAGAGCUGCCUAUAGACACUAUACUGGAUGACAGGGAACGUAGAAUUUCCCAUUCGCUAUACAGUGGGAUUGAGGGUCUCAGCGAAUCACCCACAAGGACUGCGGCACUAAGUAGGAUAAUGGGUGAGUCAAGUAAAUACCAGCUGUCUCCAACAGUGAACAUGCCACAAGAUGACACUGUUAUUAUUGAAGACGAUAGACUGCCAGUACUUCCACCACAUCUUUCUGACCAGUCAUCUUCCAGCUCCCAUGAUGAUGUGGGAUUUGGAACCACAGAUGUUGGCGCAUGGGCUAAAGCCACAAUUAAUGAAUCUACAGACUGCACUCUUAGUCCAGAUGCUGAUCCAGUGCUUGCCUUCCAGCGAGAGGGUUUCGGACGCCAGAGCAUGUCAGAAAAACGCACAAAGCAAUUUUCAGAUGCCAGUCAGUUGGAGUUUGUUAAAACGCGAAAAUCCAAAAGCAUGGAUUUAGGUAUAGCUGACGAGACUAAGCUCAGUACAAUGGAUGACCAGAAAACAGGUUCCCCAACAAGAGAUGUGGGUCCUUCAUUAGGUCUGAAGAAAUCCAGCUCAUUAGAAAGUCUACAGACGGCUGUUGCUGAGGUGACUUUGAAUGGUGACAUUCCCUUCCAUCGUCCGCGCCCACGGAUAAUCCGAGGACGAGGUUGCAAUGAGAGCUUCAGAGCUGCAAUUGACAAAUCAUAUGAUAAACCAGUUGCAGAUGAUGACGAUGAAGGCAUGGAGACCUUGGAGGAAGACACAGAGGAGAGUUCAAGAUCAGGCAGAGAAUCUGUGUCCACAGCAAGUGACCAGCCAUCCCACUCAUUGGAGAGGCAGAUGAAUGGAAACCAAGAUAAAGGGGACAGAAAAAAGGCUGGAAAGGACAAGAAGAAAGACCGUGAUAAAGAGAAGGAUAAAAUUAAGGCAAAGAAAGGAAUGCUCAAAGGCUUAGGAGACAUGUUCAGGUUUGGCAAACAUCGCAAAGAUGACAAGAUUGAGAAAACUGGUAAAAUUAAAGUUCAGGAAGCCCUUACUUCAGAAGAGGAGAGAAUACGAAUGAAGCAAGAACAGGAGAGAAUUCAAGCUAAAACUCGGGAAUUUCGAGAGAGACAAGCUCGCGAACGUGACUAUGCCGAGAUCCAAGAUUUUAACCGGACAUUUGGAUGUGAGGCUGACCCAGUGUAUGCUGGAAUGGCUUCAUAUGACUCUUCCACAAAUAGUGGCACAAUGACUUUGAACACCAGGCCCCAGAGCCCCAGGGAAGGACAGACAGUUGAAGCGUUGUAUGCCCAAGUGAAGAAACCAAGAAAUUCAAAGUCUUCACCUGUAGACAGCAUCCGAUCAACUCCUAGCAAUCAUGACCGGAUACAGCGUCUGAGGCAAGAAUUUCAGCAAGCAAAGCAAGAUGAAGAUGUGGAAGACCGCAGACGUACCUAUAGUUUUGAACAACCAUGGCCAAACUCCAAGACAUACUCACAGAGUGGCAGACACUCUGUAUCUGUAGAAGUUCAGAUGCAGCGACAACGACAAGAAGAAAGAGAAAGUUUCCAACAAGCUCAGCGCCAGUAUAGUUCAUUACCCAGGCAAAGCAGAAAAAAUGCAAGUUCUGUAUCUCAAGAUUCCUGGGAACAGAGCUACUCUCCUGGUGAAGGGUUCCAGACUGCAAAGGAAAACCCCAGGUAUUCCAGCUACCAAGGAUCAAGAAAUGGCUACAUGGGAGGACAUGGCUUCAAUGCCAGGGUAAUGCUGGAAACACAAGAACUGCUCCGUCAAGAACAGAGGCGGAAAGAGCAACAACUGAAAAAAAAGACAUCUUCAGAAGGGCCUAACAACUAUGACUCAUAUAAGAAAAUUCAAGACCCUAAUUAUGUCCCUCCAAAAGGUCCUUUCAGGCAAGAUGUACCACCUUCACCAUCUCAGGUAGCCAGGCUGAACAGAUUACAAACUCCAGAAAAGGGAAGGCCAUUUUAUUCUUGA